AUGCUGCAGCUCCAGCUUGUUGUGGUGCAUUUGGCCCUUGUGUUUACCCUGCUGCAGUGGCACUCGAGCUCAGUGCUCCUUGUGGAGGCAGCUUUGGAGCCCCUGGAGCGUUCUGCAGCUCUGGUCAAGGGAGCACAUCCUAUUGCCAGUGAAGAGAAGUCAGCCACUAACCUGACAGCCAAACUCUUCCUUCUUGAUGAGCUAGUGUCUCUGGAGAAUGAGGUGACUGAGACCAAGAGAAAAAGAAGUUUCCCAGGCUUUGGCUCCCCAAUCGACAGAAUUUCUUCCACCACUGUGGAGGCAAAAGGCAAUCAGAGAAAAGUGGUGGAGCUGCCUAAGAGGAGGUUUGGAGUCCCUCUUGACCGCAUUGGAGUGAGCCGUCUUGGUAACACCAAGGGUGCUUCUGUUCUGAAUGACUGAUGCUGUGUUGGAAACAUUACAGGAGCACAGAAGAUGCAUCACAAGGUGGUUUUGCUUUUGCCUAACGAUACAGCACUCAAGGAACUGACCUCCUGCAACAAUCCCUUUCACAAGGAACAUCACCAAGGUGGCAUUUACAAACAACAACCAGUUCAAUUCACCAAGUCGGGAUGCUCUGCACAGUGUGACUGCUGGGAGGGAACAGAAACCUGUGUAGAGUUUCAUUGCAUGGCAUUUAUUUCUUCAGUUUGCAGAA